GAGCCACUAGGUGGCUGGCGCCUGGCUAUAUAUAAAGCAAUCAAGAAUGGAAGAAUUCUCUUGAAAAAGGUCACGAGUCACACCCACUGCACUACACGACACUUCGCCACCCGGAAGAGAAGAAACUUACGGCAUUUCUUACACUCUCACUUCUCUGCGUUACCAAAUCUCACUUCCCAAAGAUCUAAAAAUCAAGUCUUGAUUGGCAGAUCCCAUCAUCAACUUCUGGGUUCAAGCUUCACUCUCUUCAAAACUUGUGGAGAGUGAUCUGCAAUGGACAUUUGUGCUACCUUAAAGUCUAACGCCCACUUCCCCAGAGAGUCUGAGUUUUGGGGAGAGAGGAUCAGAGGCAGUCUAAAGAACAAUUCAUUUGCGGGUCAGUUCGGGAAAAUUUUGAGGCUUGAAGGAAAGAAGCAGAAGGUCAAAGCUGGGGUUGCAUUCUCUGUUCUCACUGCUGAAAAUGGAAGAGAGACUGUGACGGUCGAUGUAACAAGACGGGAGAGACGUCGGGCGGAUCCCAAAAGCGUGGCUGCAAUCAUCCUGGGAGGUGGGCCUGGGACACAACUAUUUCCUCUCACCAACAGAGCUGCAACUCCAGCUGUUCCAGUUGGAGGGUGCUAUAGGAUGAUAGACAUCCCAAUGAGCAAUUGCAUCAACAGCGGAGUUAACAAGAUCUUUGUGCUGACUCAGUUCAAUUCUGCUUCUCUAAACCGUCACAUUUCCCGCACCUACUUUGGCAAUGGUGUGAACUUUGGAGAGGGUUUUGUUGAGGUGUUGGCUGCAACCCAAACACAAGGAGAAACUGGAAUGGAGUGGUUUAAAGGAACAGCAGAUGCUGUUAGACAAUUUACAUGGGUAUUUGAGGAUGCUAAGAACAAGGACGUCGAUAAUAUAGUCAUUCUGUCAGGCGAUCAACUCUAUCGCAUGGAUUACAUGGACUUGGUGCAGAAUCAUAUUGAUCGCAAUUCUGAUAUUACUAUUUCGUGUGCUGCAGCAGGAGAGAGCCGAGCAUCAGAUUUUGGGCUGGUGAAAAUUGAUCGAUGGGGCAAAGUAGUCCAGUUUUCUGAGAAACCCAAGAGAGCUGAUCUGAAAGCCAUGCAAGUAGACACUACUUUCUUGGGGUUGUCACCUCAAGAAGCCAAAGUUAAUCCUUAUAUAGCUUCAAUGGGAGUUUAUGUCUUUAGGAGAGAUGUCCUUUUGAGGCUGUUGAAGUGGAGAUAUCCCACAUCCAAUGACUUUGGAUCCGAGAUUCUCCCCGCUGCUGUGAUGGAUCACAAUGUCCAAGCUUAUGUAUUCAGAGACUACUGGGAGGAUAUUGGGACAAUAAAAUCAUUCUAUGAUGCUAACUUGGCCCUAACUGAAGAGUCGCCAAAGUUUCAGUUCUAUGAUCCAAAGACGCCUUUCUAUACAUCCCCGCGAUUUCUACCACCAACCAAAAUUGACAACUGCACGAUCAAGGAUGCAAUAGUUUCUCAUGGGUGUUUCUUACGAGAGUGCGCUGUGGAGCACUCCAUUGUUGGUGAACGUUCACGGUUAGAUGGUGGUGUUGAAUUGAAGGAUACUUUAAUGAUGGGAGCAGAUUACUAUGAAACAGAAUCUGAAAUUGCCUCCCUUCUAGCCGAGGGAAAGGUGCCAAUUGGAAUUGGAGAAAACACAAAAAUUAGGAAUGCUAUCAUUGACAAGAACGCAAGGAUUGGGAAAGAUGUUGUCAUCCUGAAUAAAGAUGGUGUCCAAGAGGCAGACAGGCCAGAUGCAGGUUUCUACAUUAGGUCAGGGAUUACUAUUAUAAUGGAGAAGGCAACUAUUCCUGAUGGAACUGUCAUAUAAUAACAUGAGCAGAGCAGAGAAAGGUUCUUGGUAAAACUAUGUUCCAGUAAAGACUCACAACAAGAUAUUUUCUGCAAGUUUAUGAAGACUGAAGAGAAGCACAUCUGAAGCAGAUCAAACAAAAGUGUCCCAAAAAAAAAAGAAUUAAUGUAGAACUGUUCAAGAGUAUGUAAGAUAAAUCCAAUUUUCAUUCAGAUCAUUAAUAAUACAUAAGAUGGCUAUUUAGCUGUGGUUGUAAAAGCUUUUGAUUGUGAUAGCUAGAAAGCUCAGCAUCAAGUUUCAUUCUCAUUCUCCUUUUAUUGUUAGUGUUACUCGUAUUAUUUACUAGUAGGAGUAUUAUUUUUGCAUUCUUCCAAGAUCCAAA